AGGACCAGUCGACCUCAGACUGGGGAGAUUCACCCAUCACUGUAAAAUCUCUCUGCCAUAAGUUAUUUUCUUUACAAUAGGUGAGAAUGACACAGGUGGAAAAUUCAGUCAACCUCUUAGAGAGAGGUAUGGAAUUUCAAGAUUCAGAAAAGUCUUCCAAGAAGCGAUGGGUCAUUGGAGGCACAAUGUUUGUUCUGUUGUUAACACUUGCUCCUGGUAUUUAUUUCUUCCUUCAUUCCAAGGCUCCGGAUAAUUGUUGGGCUCAAGCAGUUUUAGACAUCAAGACAACAACUGAUACAAAUGUCUGGGCUUGGCCUCAACUUUCCACUUCAUGCUUUACGGAAAGCAGCAAUCAGACACUGAUGAUCACUAAGGAAGGUAUCUACUUAGUUUAUGUCCGAAUGAAGAGAAAACGCAAGGACCAUGUUCCCUUUGCAAUUCAACUGAAGAAGGGAAAUGAUAUUCUAAGACAAAAGCAAUCCGAAGAAGAUACUAUUGACCUUUUGGAAAUCUGUCACUUUAAUGAAAGUGAUAAAAUCAGUUUCAUCUUGAAUGGUAACCAUUUCGAGAACAUUGAGAAAAAUCCCACUCAGACUUUUUGGGGGAUUUUGCGCCUGCCACCUCACACUCCUACAACCUAACCCUCAUUUCUUUAUCCCUCCAAAAACACAGUCAGCUCCAGUGCUAAUAUUUUGCCUGGCUGUGUAAAUCAAUACAAACAGGUCUUGUGCAAGGGAAAUCAUAUUCUUCCCUUUUCUCCUUUUGAAAAACUGGUGUUUUGUUGUUCAAUGAAGCUGUGACCCAGAGGACACAGAUCUGAGAGGGAAUUUCUCUGCAAGCAGAAAAAGAAAAAAAAUCUUCUGUUAGAAUAUAAGUGGUUGGGAAAAAUGGAACUGAGAUUUUGUUUUUCAAAGGCUUUUUACAUUUGACAGUAAGAAAUCCCAACCCAAAGGAAAUAUGGGCCUGGAAUUCCAAAGGAAAUAUGGACCUAUCAUUCCAAAGGUCCAUCAAGGCUGCCUGAGCUUCCUUCCCAUGCUUUUGGAAGCAUUAACUACUCAAUUGUGACUCCAGUUCCUCUCAUAAAAAAAUGAUAAGGUCAACCUGGAAGGGUGUCCAUACAAGCUGCAAAGUAUAUCUACCUAAGAAAUGGCCCUUGACAGAACAGAAUGCUAUUAACAUGCUGACUAUAAUGGAAGCCUUAGGACAAAAACACAAAUGUCCAUGAUAGGCCCAGCUGCACUUUAUAUAUAGGAAGUUAGUGAUUCUCAGCUUCCUUUUACUCAGGAUAUAUAGCUUUAAAGGAAGUCAAGGAGCAGAGGGACAAUUCUUGAUCUUCAUCCAGGACUUUGUCAUCAUUCUACAGCUGGGGGAAAUGUGAAUGAUGACUAACGUGAUCAGGAGCUGUUCAUACCACCAUGUCUCUGGUCCUUCAUCUGUUACCACUCUCUAAGCUUAUUCUAAAGGUCUAGAGAAUGAACAUACAAGAAGUCUCUUUAUCCCAUCUUAUGUGGUUGAAGAAUAACUAGACCACUUAGGAGAUACCUUUCCUUUGAUGAAGUUACAAUUCUCUGUCUCCUAUUUGUUGGUGAGGAUCCCCAGUUCCAGGUCUAUAUUCCCAGCUAGUUACC